UGAUUAAGAAGAUCUCCCAUAGCCACUCAGGCGUCCGGCUUCUGCUCUGCAGCGUUCGGCUCUCCCCUCCUCCCUCUUGCCCUAACCCCUCAUUCCUUCUAAGUCCAACGGGGUCCGAAGUCUGGAGAAGCGGAGUCAUUGUAUACACGCCUUCUCCACUGCAAACAGUUUCGGUUUCUAAUGAAAGCACGGUCCUCAUCAUUCACCCAUAAUCAGGAAAAUUUUGCCACGAUAAUACCUGUAGAAACGCUAGUUGCGUUUGAAAAAUCCAAGGAGCAAGAGCCAAUAUUUGUCAUUCCUUGAGAAUCUGGGGGAGACACCAUUUACCAGAAACUUGACGAUGGUGAAGUGCUGGUCAUAAUUUUAGAAAGACGACUCCUUGGCUUUUUAUAAAGAUCGCCCUAGGCCGUGGCCUGAGAGCUGAGAGCCAGUUGGAUUGACAGAGAAGUUAUGGAGGCAGCUGGGGAAGAGGAAAUCAGUGUUGAAGAAGAAGCUGUGGAUAAAAAUGUUUUCAGAGACUGCAGCAAGAUUGCUUUCUACAGGCGUCAAAAACAGCUCUCCAAGAAUUCUACCUAUCGGGCAUUAUUAGACUCAGUCACAACAGAAAAAUACAGCACCAGGUUCCAAAUCAUCAAUGAAGCAACUAAGGUUCCUCUUUUGGCUGAAGUUUAUGGUAUAGAGAGAAACAUUUUCAGACUUAAAAUCAAUGAAGAAACUCCACUGAAACCCAGGUAUGAAGUUCCUGAUGUCCUCAUCAGCAAGCCAAAGACUGUAAGGCUGAUUUCAUGCUCAGGGGAUAAAGGCAGUCUGAUAUUGGAAGAUGGAAAAGGAGAUCUGAAGUGUCAUAUCACAGAAAACCCAUUCAAGAUAGACUUGGUAUCUGAAAAAGAGGUUGUGAUGAGCAUAAAUUCCCAGGGCAAAUUAUUCUUUGAGCACCUACAGAUUCCUCCCAAACAAAGAACUACCAAAGAAAAUGAGGAGAGUGCAUCAAUCAAUACCUCUCAGGAAAAUCAAGAGGAUCUAGGCCUUUGGGAAGAGAAAUUUGGAAGUUUUGUGGAUGUCAAAGCUAAUGGUCCUACCUCCGUUGGUUUGGAUUUCUCCUUACAUGGAUUUGAACAUCUCUAUGGGAUCCCACAACAUGCAGAAUCACACCAACUUAAAAAUACUGGGGAUGGAGAUGCCUACCGUCUUUAUAACCUGGAUGUCUAUGGAUAUAAAAUACAUGACAAAAUGGGCAUUUAUGGCUCAGUGCCUUAUCUCUUGGCCCACAAACUGGGCAGGACUAUAGGCAUUUUCUGGCUGAAUGCCUCAGAAACACUAGUGGAGAUCAAUACACAACCUUCAGUAGAGUACACAUGGACACAGGUGGGCCCAGCUGCUGCUAAACAAAAGGUCAUAUCUCAAACUGAUGUGUGCUGGAUAUCAGAGAGUGGAAUCAUUGAUGUUUUUCUGCUGACAGGACCUACACCUUCUGAUGUCUUCAAGCAGUACUCCUACCUUACAGGCACACAAGCCAUGCCCCCUCUGUUCUCCUUGGGGUAUCACCAGUGCCGCUGGAACUAUGAAGAUGAGCAAGAUGUAAAGGCAGUGGAUGCAGGAUUUGAUGAACAUGAUAUUCCUUAUGAUGUCAUAUGGCUGGACAUAGAGCACACUGAGGGCAAGAGGUACUUCACCUGGGAUAAAAAAAGAUUUGCAAACCCCAAAAGGAUGCAAGAGCUGCUCAGGAGCAAAAAACGUAAGCUUGUGGUCAUCAGUGACCCCCACAUCAAGAUUGAUCCUGACUACUCAGUUUACACUAAGGCCAAAGAACAGGGCUUUUUUGUGAGAAAUCGUGAAGGGAGUGACUUUGAAGGAGUAUGCUGGCCUGGUCUCUCUUCUUACCUGGAUUUCACCAAUUCCAAGGUCAGAGAAUGGUAUUCGGGUCUUUUUGCUUUCCCAGCUUAUCAGGGAUCUACAGAUAUCCUUUUCAUAUGGAAUGACAUGAAUGAACCCUCAGUCUUUAGAGGGCCUGAGCUAACACUGCAAAAGAAUGCCAUUCAUCAUGGCAACUGGGAGCACAGAGAACUUCACAACAUCUAUGGUUUUUAUCAGCAAAUGGCUACUGCAGAGGGACUGAUACAGCGAUCUAAAGGGAAGGAGAGACCCUUUGUUCUUUCACGUUCUUUCUUCGCUGGGUCACAAAAGUAUGGUGCAGUGUGGACUGGUGACAACACAGCAGAAUGGAGUUACCUGAAAAUUUCUAUCCCCAUGUUACUAACUCUCAGCAUUACUGGGAUCUCUUUUUGUGGAGCUGAUGUGGGUGGCUUCAUUGGGAAUCCAGAUGCAGAACUGCUGGUGCGUUGGUACCAGGCAGGAGCCUACCAACCCUUCUUCCGUGGCCAUGCUAACAUGAACACCAAGCGGCGGGAACCCUGGCUUUUUGGGGAGGAAUACACCAAACUUAUCCGAGAAGCCAUCAGAGAACGCUACACCCUCCUACCCUAUUUGUAUUCUCUGUUCUACCAUGCACAUGUGGCUUCUGAACCAGUCAUGAGGCCUCUGUGGAUAGAAUUCCCAGAUGAAUUAGAGACUUUUGGUGUGGAAGAUGAAUACAUGCUGGGAAGUGCUUUAUUGGUUCAUCCAGUCUCAGAACCAAAAACCACCAUGGUUGAUGUAUUUCUGCCAAGAUCAAAUGAGAUCUGGUAUCACUCUAAGACAUUUGCUCAUUGGAAAGGAGGAUGUACCGUGAAGAUUCCAGUUGCCUUGGAUACUAUACCAGUAUUUCAACGCGGUGGAAGUGUGGUACCAAUAAAGACAACGAUAGGAAAAUCCACAGGCUGGAUGACUAAUUCCUCAUUUGGACUCCGGGUUGCUGUCAGCACUGAGGGUUCUGCAGUGGGGGAGUUAUAUCUCGACGAUGGCCAUUCAUUUCAGUAUCUCCACCAGAACCAAUUCUUGCACAGAAAAUUUUCAUUCUGUUCCAGUGUUUUGAUCAACAGUUGUGCAGAUGAGAGGGGUCGUUAUCUCAGCAAAUGUGUGGUGGAGCAGAUCUUGUUCUUAGGCCUCAAGAAGAAGCCAUCUUCUGUGACUACCCACUCAUCUGAUGGUAAAGAUCAGCCUGUGGCUUUUAUGUAUUGUGACAAAACAUCCACCCUGAACCUGGAGAAGCUUUCACUGAAUAUUGGCUGUGACUGGGAGGUCCACAUCAAAUGACAAAGAAGCUCCCCUGGUGUUGCUCAGAAGGAGCUGCCUGCAUCUUUUCAGUUCUUCCCUUGGCCUCUUUUAAGAUUUGUGCUGCAAUCUAAUUGGUUUCCUUAGCUAAAAAUAAUCUUGCAUUAGUCACUUAUAUACUAAUGGACAAUAGAUUUCAUAUUUUAAGAUGAUUAAUGAUUGAGACUCUUUUUUACAAAUACGACUCUUCCUACAUACCUGCAAAGCCCUGAGACAUUGAUAGAGUUGGUGAAUUUUCCUUGCCUCUUGGACUAUGGCCCUGUGGUAAGCUCUGUGGGCCAGUGAGUGGCCUCUUUUUGAGCAGGACUGGAUGGAUUUUUAGGUGUGCCAAGCCUACCCAAGUGGCCCAUUUAUUGGGCUUGCCUCAGGCCAAUGUGGCAGAUUCACUCUGGCUACAGCAGGGAAGUUGCCCAGUCUCCAAAUGGACAAUAGUGUCUGGUGCCACAGUUAUCGUUUGCCUACAUUGACAUGGUUAAGAUAACCCUCUCUGUGUGUACUGCAUACCCUACAACAGUGGGGACCUGUUCUGCCCUAGAGAUUUACUCAGGAGCACAAAGGAUUAUUUUCCCUUUCCUGCUUCUCAGGCUCAAAAGUUCUAAAUUAAUCUUCUUAAAAUUUAAAUUAUUUGAUUGUUUUUAUUAAAUACUGUCUACUUGCCUAAGGAUAUUGAUAAUAUGAGUAAACUCUAAAAAAAUGAGUAAGCUCUAAUUAAUAAUAAUGCAAUAAAUACCCAUGUCCUCACCACUGAACUUCAAAAAUAGAGAACAAGGCUGGGAAUAGAAGACAAGUGAGGCACUUGCUUCAGGCAUGAUAAGAAGUAUUUUAAUGUACUAUUUUUAAAAAUUGUAAUUAUUGUAAAAGUCAUGCUGAACAAAACAUCAAAAUCUUUUAUAAAGAUAGCCUCAGGAUUAUUGAGUUUUCCUUUUGCUUCAGGCUCCAAUAUAGCUUGGCAUGGAGUAGAACAUUACAACAUACCAGUUGGAUCACAAUGAUCUCUGCUCUGGAGACCCCAAUAAUUUUCUGUUGCCUACCACAGCAUCUGUUGGAACAGCCUCAACUCCUCAGUACUCUCAGCAUGCACACUUUCUUAUCAGUCUUCCUCCACUUAGCUACUUAAAAUGUCACCUCUGUGCCUUCCCCUCCCUGAGCUGUAGCAUCCUCCCUCCACCCAGACAAAUCUUACCACCCUUUCAGACCCAAUUCAAAUCUCACUUUUCCACACACUGUAACCACCCUAGCACCCCAACUCUUCAGUGCCCAUUAGCAGUGAUUUUGCCAUUCUCUGAAAUGUUGUCCCACAUAUAAUUGUGGUGUAUUAUGCAUUCUCAGGGAUUGUACCAUAAUGUCUCAAGUAUGUCUGUCUUUUCUUGAUAGAUUCUCUGUUAAAAGCAUGUUAUAUUUCUCUUAUAUCUGCUAGAGCACCUUUACACUUGACUUUCAGUAACUGUUGGCUGUGAUUGGUUAACUGAUAGAUUAUAUUGAUUAAAAAGUGAAUAUAGGAGACUGGGGUUGUAGCUCAGUGGUAGAGUGCUUGCCUCACAUGCAUGAGGCCCUGGGUUCAAUCCUCAGCACC